AUGUUCGCUUCCCUCUCUACCUUCCCUCUGUACCUUCCCUUUUUACAUUCCCUCUCUAUUUUCCCUCUCUACCUUCCAUUUCUACCUUGCCUCUCUCAACCUUCCCUCUCUACCUUCCCUCUCUACCUUCCCUCCCUACAUUCCUUCACUAACCUCCCUCUCUACCUUCCCUUUCUACCUUCCCUCCCUACCUUCCCUCUCUACCUUCCCUCUCUCAACCUUCUCUCUCUACCAUCCCUCUCUACCUUCCCUCUCUCAACCUUCCCUCUCUACCUUCCCUCUCUACCUUCUCUCGCUACCUUCCCUCUCUACCUUCCCUCUCUACUUUCCCUCCUUACCUUCCCUCUCUACCUUCCCCCUUUACCUUCCUUCUCUGCCUUCCCUCUAUAUUCCCUCUCUACCUUUCCCUCCUACCUGCCCUCUCUCAACCUUCCCUCUUUACCUUUCCUCUCUACCUUCCCUCUCUUCCUUCCCACUCUACCUUCCCCCACUACCUUCCCUUACUACCUUUUCGCUCUACCUUCCCUCUGUACCUUCCCUCUCUACCGUCACCCUGUACCUUCCCUCUCUAACUUCCCUCUCUCAACUUUCCAUCUUUACAUUCCCUCUCUAUCUUCUCUCUAUACCUUCCCUCUCUACCCUCCCUCUCUACCUUCUCUCUCUACCUUCCCUCUCUAUCUUCCCCCUUUACCUUCCCUCUCUACAUUCCCUCUUUCAACCUUCCCUCUCUACCUUACCUCUCUCAACCUUCUCUCUCUGCCUUCCCUCUCUACCUUCCCUCCCUACCUUCCCUCUCUACCUUCCCCCUCUACCUUCCCUCUCUACUUUCCCCUUCUACAUUCCCUCUCUAUCUUUCCCCCCUACCUUCCCUCUCAACCUUCCCUCUCUACCUUCCCUCUCCACCUUCCCUCUCAACCUUCCCUCUCUACCUUCCCUCUCCACCUUCCCUCUCUACCUUCUUCCUCUACCUUCCCUCUCUACCUUACCUCUCUAUAUUCCCUCUCUACAUUUCCCUCCUACAUGCCCUCUGUCAACCUUCCCUCUCUAUCUUUUCUCUCUACCUUCCCUCCUACCUUCCUCUGCCACCUUCUCUUACUACCUUCUCUCUCCACCUUCCCUUUCUACCUUCCCUCUCUCAACCUUCCCCCCUCUACAUUCGCUCUUGACCUUCUCUCUUUACCUUCCUUCUAUACAUUCCCUCUCUUCCUUUCCUAUCUAUCUUCUCACUCUACCUUCCCUCUCUACAUUCCCUCUCUACCUUCCCUCUCUACCUUCCCUCUCUAA